GUCCUGCACAGAGUCUUAUACACACACAAAACCAGCAUGAAGAACAAGUAUGAGAGUUUAUUUGAGGGAGUCAAAUCACAAGAGAAUAAAACCCUCCUGAACAGUGUUUACACACAACUCUACAUCAUAGAUGGAGAGAGUGAAGGAGUGAAUGAAGAACAUGAGGUUUUACAGAUGGAGAAAACACUCAGGAAACAACUGGUACAAGACACUCCAAUCAACUGCUCAGACAUCUUUAAACCUGUAGAAGAUCCUGAAGGAGACAUGGAGGAAGAGAAGAUCAGACUCAGAACUGUUCUGACUAAAGGCAUUGCAGGCAUUGGGAAAACUGUCUCAGUGCAGAAGUUUAUUCUGGAUUGGGCUGAGGAAAAAGCCAAUCAGGAUAUAGAUUUCAUGUUUGUGCUUCCAUUCCGUGAGCUGAACCUGAUUAAAGAUGACCAGUACAGUCUGCAUAGACUCCUGUGUUACUUCCACCCUGAGAUAAAAGAUCUGGACCCAAAGAUAUAUGAUGUGUGCAAAGUUGUGUUCAUCUUUGAUGGCCUGGAUGAAAGCAGAAUUCAACUGAACUUUUCCCAGUGUAAUAAAGUAUCUGACAUAAGCAUGACAUCAUCAGUGGGUGUGCUGAUGUCAAACCUCAUCAAAGGAGAGCUGCUUCCCUCUGCUCUCAUCUGGAUAACCUCCCGACCAGCAGCAGCCAAUGAAUUCUCUCCUCAGUACAUCAACCGUGUGACAGAAAUUCAGGGAUUCACAGACCCACAGAAGGAGGAGUACUUCAGGAAGAGAGUCAGUGACCAAGACCAAGCUGAGAAAAUCAUCUCACACAUAAAGACAGCAAAGACCCUCCACAUCAUGUGUCACAUACCAGUCUUCUGUUGGAUCUCAGUCAUGGUGCUUCAGGAAAUACUAAAACAAACUGAUACAGAAAUCCCUAAAACUCUGACUGAGAUGUACACACAGUUCCUGCACACUCAGAUCAACAUGAAGAAUGAGAAGUAUGAGGGGAAAAAGGAAAGAGAUCAAAAGAAACAUCUGGAAUCCAACAGGUCAAUGAUUCUGAAACUGGCUGAACUGGCUUUCAAACAGCUGAUGAAGGGAAACGUGUUGUUCUAUGAAGAAGACCUGAGAGAGUGUGGCAUUGAUGUCACUGAGGCCUCCAUGUACUCUGGGAUCUGCACAGAGAUCUUUAGGGAGGAAUCUGUGCUUUACCAGAGGAAGAUCUACUGCUUUGUACAUCUGAGCUUUCAGGAGUUCCUGGCUGCUCUCUAUGUGUUUCACUGUUUUCUCAGCAAUAAAAUGAGGGCACUGCAGACUUUUAAGUUACAGCCCAGUUGCAGGUCUGAAAAUGUUCCUCUCCAUGACCUGCUGAAGGCAGCAGUGUAUAAAGCCUUAGAGAGUCAGAAUGGACACCUGGACCUUUUCCUCCGUUUCUUGCUGGGAAUCUCACUGGAACCCAAUCAGAGUCUCCUACAAGGGCUACUGACACACACACACAGCAGCCAAGAGAGUGUCAAGAAGACAGUCCUGUACAUCAAAGACCAAAUAAAAACAGGACACCUCCACAUUGAGAGAUCCAUCAACCUGUUCCUCUGUCUGUCUGAAAUGAAGGACCAGUCUCUUGCCAGAGAAAUUCAAGAGUAUCUACUAUCAGAGAAACACUCAGGAAAGAAGCUCUCUCCUGGACAGUGUUCAGUAUUAGCCUGCAUGCUUCUGACCUCAGAGGAGGUGCUGGAUGAGUUGGACUUGAAGAAGUACAACACAUCAGAGGAGGGUUACAGGAGACUAAUUCCAGCUGCUGCAAACUCCCGAAAGGCUCUACUAGCAAUGUGUAAUCUUGGAGAACAGACAUGUGAAAUUUUGGGCUCAGCUCUACAACUUGCAAACAACCCCCUGAGAGAACUGGACCUGAGUAACAAUGACCUCCAGGAUUCAGGAGUGAAGCUGCUCUCUUCUGGACUGAAGAGUUCACAUUGUAAACUGGAGAGUCUCAGACUGUCUGGUUGUUUGGUCACAGAGGAAGGCUGUUCUUCUCUGGCUUCAGCUCUGCAUUCAAACCCCUCCCACCUGAAAGAACUGGAUCUGAUGUACAACCACCCAGGAGAGUCAGGAGUGAAGCUGCUCUCUGCUAGACUGGAGGAUCCCCACUGCAGACUGGAGACACUCAGGGUGGAACAUGCAGGGAAGAUCAGAAUCAAACCAGGACUAAGAAAAUAUGCGUGUGAUCUCACACUGGACCCAAACACAGCACACACACGUCUGUCUCUGUCUGAGGGGAACAGAAAGGUGACGCGUGUGUGGGAGCAGCAGCCUUAUCCUGAUCAUCCAGACAGAUUUGAUGUGUGUGUGCAGGUUGUGUGUAGAGAGAGUCUGACUGGACCCUGUUACUGGGAGGCUGAGUGGAGUGGUGGGAGGGUUGAAAUAUCAGUGACAUAUAAAGGCAUCAGCAGGAAAGGAGACAGUGGUGGCUGUGGGUUUGGACAUAAUGUAAAGUCCUGGAGUCUGAACUGCACUAAUAUCAGUUACUCUGUCUGGCACAAUAAGAAGAGAACUGCCAUCUCUGCCCCUCCCUGCAGCUCUAACAGAGUAGGAGUGUAUCUGGACUGGGCUGCAGGCACUUUGUCCUUCUACAACGUCUCCUCUCACACACACACACUCACACACUUACACACAUUCCACUCCACAUUCACUGAGCCCCUCUAUGUAGGGUUUAGGCUUUGGGAUUCUGACUCCUCAGUGCAUGUGUGUGUCCUGGAGGAACACCUGAGUCUGCAGGGAAACACACACUCUUCUACCGAAACAACUGGUGGAUAUGAUGACAGAGCAUAGUAUCAAACAUACAGAACAAGUGCUCUUACCCACAAAAGAAUAGUCAAAAGUAUUUUUUAAACUUUUCAGACUGGAUUUAGACCCUGUUAUAAUACUCAAACAUGAUACUGAUCUAUUAACCAGUGAUCAAUUAAUAUCAAUGCUGUAUUAACGCUAAUGAUCUAUUAAUCCCAUUUGACAAUUUCCAAUGUCAUUGUGCUCAUAGAGCACAGUGCAUCAAAUGAUACCAUAGACCACAGGAUACAUCUGAUACCAUCUAGUAAUCUUGUAAGAAUUAAAGGACAUGCUCUAUCCUGGUUUAAAUUCUGACUGGUGGCUUUCAAUUUGUUUAUGUGAACAAUGUAUCCUUUGAUAAUGCUGAGACAAAGUAUGGUGUCCCACAAGUGUGUGACACCAAAAGGUAAUGAUGUCAACAUCAAUAUGAAAAGGUCAUGUUGUCAGCAUCAAUACGAAAAGAUAAUGAUGUCAGCAUCAAUAUUUACAAAGUAUUUACAAAAUACUUUUUAAUGUAACACUGUACCACAAUUCUAGCACUUCAACAAAGUCUUUAGCAAUCAUGUCUAAUGUCAACAUCAAUAUGAAAAGGUAAAGCCAACAUUAAUAUGUCAUGUUGAUCUGGAACUGUAAAUGUGUAAAUAAAUAUUUUGUUAAAAGGUGUCGGUAAUUGUUUGAAGUGGAAACAUUGGUGAAAAUGGGCCAAAUUGUGAAUGAUGGUAAAUCCAUUGUACUUUCUACAACAAAAAGAUCAAGUCUGAAAAUACAUCAUCAAACAGGAAAUAGUCAAACAGCAGAUUGUCAGACUGUCUGAAGGUGUGACAGGAAAUGGAAUAUA